AUGUUGAUAUGGAAUUCAAUGAGUGUGAUCAUUUUACUGUCAGGACCCAGUGUAACAGCGGACACUCUGGUCACUGGAAUUAAAACAAUUUUGAGGGAAUAUAUUGGACGGUCAACUACCUCUGGACAAACCUCGACUUUGACCGAAUCAGGCUUCUUUGAAACCACGACGUUACAUGAAGAAUCCACUCAAGAUUCCUUAGAUGAUAGUACAAGAGAUUUAUCAGAGUUGUAUCCAGUACAGCAUGCGAUGUUGCCUCGUGGGGUGUCGGUAGUACCUCUACCUCUUGUGGGAUCUGACCAUGAGCUCAUGUUUAAUGUCUCCUGGAAUCCUCCCAUAGGUCCGCCAGUAAGAGAAUAUUCACUAGAAGUUCACAGCGUAACAGACACAGUAGACUGUCGUUCUAAUAUGUGCUAUGAGUACAACAUUCCCGGUGAUUCAUUAUGGAGUUUAAUACCCACCGUAUCAAGUCCGGUGGCAGAGGACUGUGCGGUGAGGCCAGGGUGCGCUUAUAAAGUGAAGUUGGUAGCCCAUCCCUGGGAUGGUCACACUGCUGCCAACCUGAAUGUCGAACUCGAUGAAUGUGUCGCUGGGAUAUGCUCAUGCGCGCACUCACCACGCCUGCCAACGCCAGUUGUGGUAGCCAAGACUGUGUCCAUUAACGGUGACCUCUACGUUAAUAUAACAUGGACACUGCCACCGCCGUCUGAACCACUACGGCUACCACCCAGAUUAAAGAAGCAGUCAUACUUGGUCAGUAUAGGCAAGCAAAUGGUUUCCGACGCUCACCCCGCACCAUGGUUUGCCAGAACAAUUACCCGUAGAGUUGAAGCAAUAGGUUUCGUUGUAGUACCGGAUAUUGAAAGAUGGCAGCUCAUACCGAUAACAGAGCGGAGCGGGAAGCAGAGCGGCAAGAAUCAUAUGCUGCAAAGUAUUCUACUUGAUGUGAAGCUACUUGCUCGCGUAAAUUUAAUUGAUGAGCGAGGGUGCAUCGGCCCAGCGGGAAACGCUACAGCUUAUGAUCCAGCAGACGUCGAAACUUCGUCUUUUGCUACCUACGCCUUAUGGGCAGCAUUUGGUGGAGCGUGUAUGCUAGCUAUGGUGGCUGUGCUAGCGUUUAGUGCGCGAGCGGUGAAACGAAUCUUGAAUGAAUUCCGCCCCGCUUCCGCUCCCUCUGUGUUGCAGCCGCUCGGUCACCGCCCCAUAUGGUUCCCGCUUAGCGCGUGA